CGGUUUCAAGCUCUGAACGCGACCACGACCAGCACCGAGCUCAGCUCUAUGGCGUCCAUGGAAGUCCUGCAGAACCGCCUCGAUUCCUUCAAGACAAAACGCGGAAAGCCUUCGAGCAAGGCGUCCGCAUCCUCUUCCAAGAAAUGGCCCCAUCCCUCUGUGUUCAAGGCGAAUCCGGAAACAUUGGCGGAAGCUGGCUUCUAUUUCACCCCAACUGCCCAGGACAAAGACAAUGUCGCGUGCUACAUGUGCAAGAAGCAUCUCAGCGACUGGGAAGAGGACGAUGACCCGCACCGGAUACACUGGGCCAAGUGCCAGGAUACGUGUCCGUGGGCGAUCGUGCGGUGCGGGUUAGAGGAAGACAUUGAUGAGGACGGAAACUUCGUGGCUACCGAUGCCAAACGUCUGCCGUCGGGUAAAGCCAUGGAGAAGGCGCGGCUGGACACUUUCCGCUUCUCCAAGUCCUGGCCCCACGACUCGGUCAAGAAUCACGGUGCAACCUCCAAAAAGAUGGCCAAAGCCGGCUUCGUCUACACGCCCCAGUCCGAAGGCGACGACACCGCGACGUGUCUGUACUGUUCCGUGUCACUCAGUGGCUGGGAGCCGGAAGACGACCCUCUGUACGUC